UGUAAAAUAGUUAUCUGCAGAUUUAGGCGUGCGUCCACGGUUUUAACCCGUUCGGCGGAGAAGGUUAAGGAACAAUCGUUGAAAGGUCGAAUGCCGACACAGGAGGAGCGGCGUCUUGUGUUUUGUUAACUUUCCGAAAACUUUUUCUGGCCAUUGAAAACUUUGCGUGGUUGUCCUGUCGCGUUUUCCCUUCUCACCCCAACCUCCUCUCGCUAGCUACUAUCAGCUAGCCAGUUAGCUGGUUAGCUAGCUAUCCCAUCCCUCUUCCAUACUUUUGUGGGACAGGAGAGAAAAGCAGCUGGCGAAAUGGCGGAAACUAAAAUAAUAUAUCACAUCGACGAGGAGGAGACCCCUUACUUGGUGAAGAUUCCCAUUCCGGCCGAAAAGAUAACCUUGUUGGAUUUUAAACAGGUCUUGAACAAACCAAACUACAAAUUCUUCUUCAAGUCUAUGGACCAAGAUUUCGGGGUGGUGAAGGAGGAGAUUUCAGAUGAGAAUGCCAAGCUGCCCUGCUUCAAUGGCCGCGUGGUUUCCUGGUUGGUGUCGUCCGAUGGGGCAGUUGCGGCGUUACCUACGGAGGUUCCUGCCCCAGUUGCGCCACCAGCGGAGGUGCACGCCCCCUCUCCCCCUCCCCCGCCUCUGCCACCCCCGCCAGUGGAACGGACGGGGGGCAUCGGGGACUCCAGACCCCCUUCCUUCCAUCCCAAUGCAGCAGGAAGUGUGGAGACGCUGGACGACCAGACGGAGACCGAGUCAGUGGUGUCUUUCAGGAGGGAACGGCCCAGACACCGAGAGGGCAUGGACCAGCAUGGGCCGCGGGUGAACGGUCAAACUCGCCUGGAGCGCCACCUAGCGGGCUACGAGAGCGCUACCACGGUGAUGAGCAGCGAACUGGAGACCACCAGCUUCUGUGACUCGGACGACGACGACACCAUGAGCAGGUUCAGCAGCACCACAGAGCAGAGUACAGGCUCCCGGCUUCCCAAACGCCACCGCCGACGCAGGAAACAGCGCCCCCCGAGGCUAGAACGGGCAUCAUCGUUCAGCAGCAUGACCGAUUCCACGAUGUCCCUGAAUAUCAUCACUGUCACACUCAACAUGGAGAAGUACAACUUCCUGGGCAUCAGCAUCGUGGGGCAGAGCAACGAGCGGGGCGACGGGGGCAUCUACAUCGGCUCCAUCAUGAAGGGCGGGGCUGUGGCGGCCGACGGCAGGAUCGAGCCCGGAGACAUGCUUCUGCAGGUGAACGAUAUCAACUUUGAGAACAUGAGCAACGACGAUGCUGUCCGGGUGCUGAGGGACAUCGUACACAAACCAGGGCCAAUUAUACUGACGGUGGCUAAGUGCUGGGAUCCUUCUCCUCAGGGGUAUUUCACUCUUCCACGCAAUGAGCCUAUCCGGCCCAUAGACCCAGCAGCGUGGAUCACUCACUCAGCGGCCCUCACAGGGGUGUUCCCUCCUUACCCCGGCAGCUCCUCACUCAGCACCAUCACCUCCAGCUCCUCUGUUACUGAGACUGAGCGCUUUGAUGAGUUUAACCUGUCCCUACACUCGGACAUGGCGUCGGUGGCCAAAGCCAUGGCGUCGCCGGAGUCCGGCCUGGAGGUGCGGGACCGCAUGUGGCUCAAGAUCACCAUCCCCAACGCCUUCCUGGGAUCAGACGUGGUGGAGUGGCUAUACCACCACAUUGAGGGAUUUCAGGACCGCCGCGAGGCGCGCAAAUACGCCAGCAACCUGCUGAAAGCCGGCUUCAUCCGCCACACCGUCAACAAGAUCACGUUCUCAGAGCAGUGCUACUACAUCUUUGGAGACUUCAGUGACUGUGAAAACUACAUGGCCAACCUGACGCUGAACGACAACGACGGCUCCAGCGGCGGCGCCUCGGACCAGGACACGCUGGCACCCCUGCCACUGCCUGGCGCCACCCCGUGGCCGCUGCUGCACACCUUCCCGUACCAGUACCCGCAGCCCUACUCCAGCCAGCCGCCGCCCUACCACGAGCUCUCCAGCUACAGCUACGCGCCCGGCAGCAACGGCAGCCAGCACAGCGAAGGGAGCCGUAGCAGCGGCUCGACGCGCAGCGAGGGCGAGCGACGACGCGGCAACGGCAGCACCAAGAGCGGAGCCGGCAGCACGGCGGGUGGCGGCGGCGGGCGCGACGAGAAGUCCCCCGGUGGCGGCGGCGGAGGCGACUCACGCUCGGGCAGCGGCAGCGAGUCCGACUACUCCACCCGCAGCAGCUUGCGGCGCGUCGGCGGCGGCGACCACGGCUCGCAGUCGGCGCCCAGCGAGCACGGCAGCCACGUGAGCGUCCGCUCGACCUCCUCGCUCCUGCGGGGGCUCCCGCCGCCGCCGCUGCCGCCGCACCCCCACCACCCGCACAUGGGCUACCCGCCGGGCAUCCAGCUCUCCUACAACCCCAUGAUGCUCAUGAUGGUGCCGCAGCACCCGCACCCGGCCAUGGGCGGCCCGCAUCCCGGGCAGCACCUCUCCGCCCCCGGGCACCCGCACCCGCAGCACCUGCACCCGCUCCCGUCAUCCACGCCCGGGGGUCCCCCCGGCGCCCCCCCGACCCGCGACCUGGCGUCGGUGCCCCCCGAGCUGACGGCCUCUCGGCAGUCCUUCCACCUGGCCAUGGGCAACCCCAGCGAGUUCUUCGUGGACGUCAUGUAGCGCAGCGGGGCCGUUUACGUGCAUUAGUUGUUCAUUUUUUUUUUGUGUGUGUGUUUUUGGGGAGGGGAGGGGUACGUGUGUGUGCUGGAGACGUGGACUGUUAUCAGUGGCCUCGUGCGGGCCGCGCGUUGCACUCCGGGCUCGACUGAAGAGGGGGGGACGGUUUAGGCGGUGACGCAAGGCGGUGCACUCGGCACUGCUGGCAGGAACAGGGUUUUAAUCGUAGAUCAGAGGACAUCUUUGUCCGUUUUUAAAGGCCAUGGAUAUGACAUGGUGAAAACACCUUUUUUUUAAAUAAUAAUAAUACAAAACCUCCUUUAGUCCUGGGUCUGCACAGCACACAAUGUAAUGUACCUCUUAGUAAAAAAAACAAGUGCAAAAAAAAAGAGAACAAACAAGAAGAAUUGUGAGUUUUCGUCUGGUUAGCUGUUCUUUUUCCUUGAAAGUUAAACAAACCACAUGUGCUAAUCCUGAGACGGUGAGAACGAGGGAGAGAGCAUGCCACAGGAGAGAUCCCUCUGAUCCGUCUGUAGGCGCCUUUUUUCAUGUCGGUCCAAGAAAACCUUUUGCUGAAGUGCAGUGCAGCUGAACAAUCAAAAGAUCAUGUCACAGGAUAUCAGUCUGUGGUCUGGCCGUAUGACAUGGCUGUUAUAGCAUUUGCCCCCAUUUUUUUUGGGGUGUGAGUGAGUGCGCACUGAAACCAAAAGUAAACAUUCUCAGGCUAGGCAGAGGAUCAGUAGGGGUCUUUUAGCCCUUAAGCCGGUGCUAUCGCACCGGCGUGACGGGAAUGUUGGAAAUUGAACAUUCUAAAGAAUAUCUGGGUUCGUUGAAUUCGACAUGGAAUUUUAGAACCUUGCAUCGUUGCGGGACAGAAUCUUCUGUUAGAAUGUUCAAAACUCCCGUGCCGAAGGGUUAACCUUCAGAUGACCAGUGACUGGUUGAGUUGGACCCAUUUGAAAGACAACAACAACAACAACAAAAACACGGCAGUAGCAGUAAGGGUUACACCCAAUACCCUCUCAUUAGUUGAAUUAAGUUUAAAAGUCAGCCAUUAACAAGAAACCUAUUUCUAAUGCUUUACGUUGCCAUGUGGCAGUAGUAUCAGGGUGAAAUGUGCACAGUCUGGGGUCAAGAAUCCACAGUCACAGUUCAUGUAAUGGAUUCCACUUACAUACCACAUCAAGCUGAAGUUUCUCAAAACUUGGUGCCAUGAAAUUAUGAAGGAUUGGUCUGCCCUUGUAUGUGUGUGUAUAUAUAAUUACAGUGUGUUGAUCAUGACAAGAUACUGUUGUUCAGUAUAGUGUUGUUUAAUGUGAAAUCUUUGGGGAACAUAGUUGCCUAUUUGUGCCAAGUAGGCACUGUUAAGUGUCUCUCAGAAGGGCAGUUUUUUAAAUUGUGGUAUGAAUGAGGGGUACAAGUGAAUAAAACCAAAACUAAAACAUGGUACUUUUGGGGGAUAGAAUGUUCAAAAUAUAAUUGUCUCCCUGAUUUUCAAGAUGAUCAAAAAUGCUAUAGACUUGACAUUUUUGUACAAAUAUUUUCAUAUGUAAUCAAAAAAAUACUGGUACCAAAUGUUUAUCAUGACACUUUUAUAUUUUUUGGAUUUGCUUUCAAAUAAAUGUGUAAUAGACUGAA